ACAAAGCUCCCUACAAGAUAACCAAAAUGUUCAAUAUUGCGGGGUUUCUUUCAAAGAGUCUGCUGAAUGCCAUCAAUAGUUAACCAUCACAAUUUUGAGACCCGAUGACUGAUUCACCAUAUAUUCCUGUUGCCUUCUUUGGCGCAACCGGCGGCUGUGCAAACGCCUGCCUCGUUCACACGCUCAAAGCUGGCUACAAAGCUGCAGCGCUCGCUCGAAUUCCUCCCAAGCUCAUCAACCUCUUGCUCUCCCAGGGCAUCGACCGAUUUACAAUUGACAGCAACCUAACCGUCAUCCAGGGCGAUGCAACAGACAUCGCCGCCGUCAAACGGGCCCUUGUCCCUGGGCCAAAUAACGGGAGGAUGGUCUCCACCAUAAUUUCGGGACUCGGCGGCUCACCCAAGCUGCAGCUCUCUGCCUUGACACCUGUGACACUGGAUAACCCGCACAUUUGCGAACAAAGCACGAACGUGCUCCUCAGCGCAAUCCGGGAGCUCCAGUCUUCCCAGCGCUCCCAAGACCAGCAAAAGCCACUUCUAGCAAUCAUCUCCACCACGGGAAUUUCUUUAGCUGCUGAGGAUGUCCCAUUCCUUUUCCGUCUAUUUUAUCACUACUUUCUUGCCGUCCCACAUCAAGACAAGCGGAAAAUGGAAAGAGCUAUAAUCUCCAGCAUGGAUACUACAGAUCCUUCUGAUCGGCCUUUGAGAGGGUUCGUCUCCGUGCGGCCAUCACUUUUGACGGGUGAUCAUAAUAUUACUAGCGGGAGAGGUUGGAAGACCUUGCGUGUGGGGACAGAGGAUAAGCCUGCGGUUGGGUACACUAUCCAGAGGGCGGAUGUGGGGGAAUGGAUAUUUGAGCAAGUUUUGAAAACAGGCGCGGAGAAGUGGAUGAACCGGAUGGUGACCUUAACAAACUGAGUAUCUCAUCUUUGGGUGGGGGUCUUCUGCUUCUUAUC